UCACAAAAUGAAGAUACAAUUGGUUCCACGUUUUUCGUUAAUCAUUAUUUUGUCUGUUUGUUCAUAUCAUGUCAGUUCUCAUUUUCCCAUUUCUGAAGUUACUUCUAAUUUACAAAUUAUUGACAAUUUACUUCAAAAAGAAUAUGGCCUUUAAAUUGGGUAACUGUUGGAAGUUUUCUUGUUUAUUGCGAUAUGGAAAUAGAUGGAGGAGGGUGGACGGUUUUCCAAAGAAGAGGGGAUUAUAAACAACCUAAAGAUUAUUUCUUUAAAGACUGGGAGCAAUAUUCAUUGGGAUUUGGUAAAUUAAAUGAAGACUUUUGGCUAGGUAAUGAUAAAAUAUUUGCUUUGACAAAUCAAGCAAACUAUUCUCUAAGAAUCGAUAUGAAAGACUUAGAAGGAAAUAAAAGAUAUGCAUUUUAUAAAGAAUUCUGGAUCGAAAAUGAAAGACAACAGUAUAAAUUGCAUGUUUCUGGUUUUGAAGGAAAUGCAGGUGACUCCUUCAGUAAUCUGAAUGGCAUGAAAUUUACUACAAAAGAUAAGGAUAAUGAUAUCUGGUAUAAAAAUUGUGCGGAAGUAUUUAAAGGCGGUUGGUGGUAUUCUAAAUGCCAUGGAUCGAAUUUAAAUGGACUUUAUUUGAACGGAUCUCAUUCUACAUACGCUGAUGGAAUCGAGUGGGUGACUUGGAAAAAUUCUAAUUAUUCAUUACCCGAAGUAGAUAUGAAAAUACGAAGAAUAUAUUAAAAAUAUAAACAAGUAAUAA